AUGGUCACAGUCCUCGUCCUCGGCGGCCUCGGACUCGACCCGACCCGCCACCUCAUCUCGCACCUCCUCUCGCUCCCCUCGUCGUCGCCCCACCGCCCAACCUUCCUCCGCCUCGUCGACAAGGCCCUCGCCAUCCCGCAAGCAGACGCCUACACCACCUACGUCGACACCGACUGUCGCACGGCCCUCCGCACCGCCGUCGACCUCGGCACCGUCGAGCUCGUCCAGGGCAACCUCCUCGCCCAGCCCACACGCGACAAGGCCUUUGCCCUCCCCGACCAGCACCGCCCUUCCGACUCCGACUCGGCCAAGGCCACGCACGGCUUCGACUGGGUGUUUGACUUCUCUGGCGAGACCGACUUUGCCGCACCCGACAUCGUCCACAUCGAGCGCACGCUCCGCCUCGCCCUCCUCCUCGGCCAGAGCGCCGUCGACCACCAUGCCGGCGUCUACGUCCGCACCCUCACGCCCUUUUACCGCGUCGACGGCGGCGACAAGCACGCUCGUGUCGGCGGCCCAGGCGCGAGCGAGGUCGGCGCGGUACCGUGGGGCACGAUGGCGAGCUGGCACCACGAGGCGGCGAGGGGCUUGGCCUCGAUCGACCGGCUCAACCUCGUCCUCAUGCGGCCGGCGCUCUUUUACGGCCCGUACACGUUGACGGGCAUCACGCCUCGUUGCCUCAUCGCCGAGGUGUACAAGUUCGAGGGCGAAAAACUCGACUUCCUGUGGUCCGAGCACCUCGCUCAGCACACGGUCCACGCUCGCGACUUUGCCGCCGCCCUCGCGCACGUCGCCGCAUGGGCCUCAAAGGUCGGCCGCUCGGCGGCGCUCGAGGCGUACUCGGAGCCGCUCCCGUCGACGCUCGCGUCCGACGCCCAGCUCUCGUCGCUCGCGUCCCUGUCGCCCGCGCCCGCCGCCAAGGACGCCAAGGUGCGCGCCGUCGUCCUGUCGGCGUGCGACGACGGCGAGACGACGCAGCGCGACAUUGCGCGCGUCAUCGAGCAGGGCGUCGGCGGCGUCAAGAGCGGGUUCCACGGCAGCAUCAUCUCGACGUUCGCCAAGAUGAACAUGCACGAGGUCGCCGAGGACGUCAACGACAAGCACCUCGAAGGCUGGUCGGCGCUCCUGCAGGCGUCGGACCCUCCCCUCGCGUCGACCGUGCCCAUCUCGCCGUCCGUCCCCGUCGACCUCCUCGGCCCGAACCCGAUCGCGUUCGACAACGGCGCGCUCAAGCGCCUGACCGGGUGGAAGCCCGAACGGCGGCUCGACGCCGAGGGCGUCAAGGAGACGGUCGAGGGCUUCCGCAAGGAGGGGCACUGGCCAAACGCCAAGCCGAGGGGCAAGAAGAAGUGA